GGAUUGAGGUGGGAGAGGAGAGCCUGCUGGAUAGAAGUUGUCCGCUUGCAGUCCCUAUGUGUGUGCUCAGUCAUAUUCACUUGCAUUGACAUCAUAGCAAUCUGGGAUAAAAGGACUGUAUUGGACACCCGGCUUCAUUACAUGGGCAACGACCAGAAUACUGAUAUAAGAAAAUACUUCAUUUUGCUUAAUCGAGAAAAGAAAAAUCAAGAUGGGAGGAAACAUCUUGAGAUUCACCGUGCUGCUGGUGUUGGCUGGAAUUGCGGUCAGCAGCAGUUUUGGGGAGUACUACCAAAAUCGGACUGAUGCCAGUACAGAUUUCACGAUGCUAAAUCGGAGUCACACUUCACCGGUGAGAAAAGGAAAUAGAUCGGCUGAUUUGUGCCCAGAAAAAACGAAGAUUAACCACGUCUUUAAAUAUAUAAACACAAUCCUAUCAUGUACUAUUUUCAUUAUCGGAAUGGUUGGCAAUGCAACGCUGCUUAGGAUCAUUUACCAGAACAAAUGUAUGAGGAAUGGCCCAAAUGCCCUGAUAGCAAGCCUGGCCCUAGGAGACCUCAUUUACAUUGUUAUUGACAUCCCUAUCAUCGUGUUUAAGCUACUUGCCCAGCGUUGGCCCUUUGAUCAGUCUCCUGUUGGAGCGUUCCUCUGCAAGCUGGUUCCCUUUAUUCAAAAGGCUUCGGUUGGAAUCACGGUGCUCAAUCUGUGUGCCCUGAGUGUUGACAGGUACCGAGCAGUGGCAUCCUGGAGCCGAGUUCAAGGUAGUGGAAUUCCUCUUAUCACAGCCAUUGAAAUUAUCUCUAUUUGGGUUCUGUCCUUCGUCCUGGCAAUUCCUGAAGCUAUUGGCUUUGUCAUGGUGCCCUUUGAGUAUCGCGGAGAACAAUUCAGAACAUGCAUGUUCCACGCAACAAGCCCAUUUAUGAUGUUCUACAAAAAUGCAAAAGACUGGUGGCUGUUUGGUUUAUACUUUUGUGUGCCUUUGGCUUGUACCGGAGUGUUUUAUACCAUGAUGACCUGUGAAAUGCUACACCAGCGGAAAGGAAGCCUAAGAAUUGCUCUUAGCGAGCACCUCAAACAGCGUCGUGAAGUUGCAAAGACUGUUUUCUGCCUGGUAGUAAUAUUUGCUCUUUGCUGGUUCCCAUUACAUCUCAGCCGAAUUAUUAAGAAUACGAUUUACAAUGAGUUGGAUCCUAGUCGUUGUGAACUCCUCAGCUUUUUGUUGGUGAUGGAUUUCAUCAGUAUUAAUCUAGCAGCGCUCAACUCCUGCAUCAAUCCCAUAGCUCUCUAUUUUGUGAGCAAGAAAUUUAAAAACUGUUUCCAGUCAUGCCUUUGCUGUUGUUGCCAGUCUAAGACACAUAUUAAUACGGCUCCCAUGAAUGUAACAAGUAUCCAGUGGAAAAACCAUGAGCAAAAUUAUUAUGGAGCCGACAGGAGUAUUCACAAGGACAGCAUCAAUUAGCCCCGCUCCUGAAUAACGAAGAUAACAAAUGAUGGUGGCUGUUUCUUACAGCAAAUCCGCAGAGUGUCAGCGAAGUCAAAAACCUGCUGGCGGUGUUUUCAUUUUCAUUCACUUUCAGACGGUUCUUUGUAUUUGAGCUCUGCGCAUCUGUUCUCUUAUUGACUGUAAUACAGUCUUCACCUUCCAUACCCAGCAUAUGCGCACAGCCGGACUGUCUCCAUGGAUCUUCCUGUCCUUGGGAAAGAGACAUUUUUAAAGGCCUGCAAACAUUUUAACUACAUGAUAAAACAUGAAGGAAUCCAUUUGCCAGUUCUCUCUCAUGACUGAGACAAGUGUCCCGAUAUAUUGGAAUGCUUUACAGGCCAUGCUAGCAACAGUGUUUAAAAAAGUUAAAGCGGACUGCAGUAUUUCUAUUGAGUUAUUAUAUAUAAUACUAUAACUACAUUGUAUAGAGCCAUUUCUAUUUAAUACCAUAUCACUCUGAAAAUAUAUUUUUAUUUGAGCAUAGUGGAAUAUAUGUGGGUUGAAGCAUUCAAGCAUGUGUUUUGCUGACAUGUUGUCCAAAAUGUAAAAUGUUGGGUAUAAAGAAAAACAUUGGACUAACAUUUGGCCAAAAUGUAAAAUGUUGUAUACAAAAUAUGCGUUUUAUAGCACUUCAUUAUUCGAAGCCUUACUUAUGUAGAUAGUGGGUUUUUAAAGCGCAUGUCGGGGGAAAAAAACAAGAUAUUAACUGACCAAAGAGAUAGUACAGUACAAAUCCCAAAAUGUUCAGGUAAACAAAAAGUUUCAACUUUCAAUUCAAUUACAGAUUUUUUUUUGGUUGUUAUUAAAUCUGGUUUGCAUUUUCUGCCA